AUGGCUCGAAAGAAUGGCUCAAACAUGUCACAAGCUGAUUUGGCUGUUCCCCCGAGGCAAAAGUCUCGACGAGGACAGAAUCUGGAAGUGACAAGAUCGAGAAAGACUGGAAAUAAGAGUAAAAAGGGGUUGAAAGCGAUCAAAACAAUACCCAUGGGGCAAGGACCAGUUAUGAGAUUGGCUGACGGAAGUUUCCAGGCAGCUGUUGAGAAAGGAAGACCAGAAUUCACUGCCGGAAUUGAUAUUAAGGUCGCAGAAUUAAUCGAAAAUCUGGAUUCACAGGAAGAGGUUACCCAGGCCACCGUUGAGAGUUUGGGUGAAAAGGAUCAAAGUAGCAAGCAAGAAGUCGAGGGUGUCCCUAGAGUCGAAGAGGAAAAUGCUACUGAGAUCGCGGGCACAUUUACAGAAGUUGGAACCCAAACCGAACUUGAUUCUUUUAAUUUGGCGACGAACAUGUUUAAGCAAAUGAUAGAACGAAGUGAACAGAACCAGGAGAAAAGACACCGAGAAAGUGAAGAGAAUCAGGAAAGGAGAUAUCAAGAAUUAUACGCCAUCAUUGCGAAACGGAGAGACGCGGAUCCCAAAGUAUCUGGGUCCACUAGUUCAAAGGAUGAUACAAGUGAAAGCUUGAGUAGAUCCCUCGAGAAAAGCGAAGAAGUAGAGUAUCAUGCUCCUAGUGGUGAUGUUGACUACGCCGUCGCUUCUAACGUGCUUGCGGAUUCGGUCGAUCAUUCUCUCAACACAUUUGCCGAUAGUGUUGAUUUGUUGAUUUAUUCACUCGAAAGGACAAGUCUCCAGAACUCACAAGACACAAAUGAAUUCAAAUAUAUCAACCCAGAUCACUCACGCUGGUUCCGAUAUCACCACAACUCGACUGAUCAACGCGUUGAAUUAUGUCAGCUCGUACCACAGGUUGUACAAAGCUAUCCUAUACCUAGAGAGAAAACAGCAAUAGCUCGGCUCAAUAUAAAUGGUCUUCACCGAUGUACCGCAGCCAGUGGCUGGGACCAGCCCUUCCAAAAAAACGAUAUUGUAUCGAACUUGACCUGGACACUGCAAGUGGAAGAACUUUGCAAGAUCAUCAACCAUAAACUUCCCCAUCAAAAAGAUCUGGACUAUGGAUUUCCCGGCAGGUACCAUGCAUGUCACGCGGAAAAACAAUUAAUUGCUUGGUAUCUUUACGAGAACACAUUCGCAGGAUAUCAAGUCAAUAUGAAACUACCAAAUACUCUUCCCUACCGAGAGAUCAAAGCUUCGGCCCCACGAGGUGCCCUUAUAGUUGUCAGUCGAAAGAUCUGCAAAGAUUGUAAGGAGUUUAUCGAGAAGGUCAAAAAGCACUUUGAAAUUUCCGAUCACUUUCACGUGGAAUCUCGUAUACAUCCUGAGGAUAUAUUUGAUACGGAGAAGACUAAGAAGCUUCUUGAAAGUUCCAGGUCUAGUGAUCAAACGGAGAUGACGGAGACUUUGAGCGCGAGACUAAAGUCUCCGUCUGAAUCAAGGAAGGAGGCAGUUGCAUCGGAGAAGCUCCAAAAAGCCCAAGAAGACGCUAAGUCUCGACAGAGUCAGACUGAACCCAAUAACUUUCUUGUCGUACAAGAGCUAUGUUCAAAUGAAGCAGAUGAAACCCUUGUCAAAGAUGAACCCGCCACUCAGUCUCACGGGAACAAUGGUUCUAAAAGCGCAAAUGAUUCCAAAGAUAUAUCGAACAACAUCAGUGGCUUGAUCGAAGCAUUGUCCGAAGCUACACUCGAAACACCAGCCAUGAAAAAGACGCCCAAGGGAAUCUGGAACGAACUAAAGAAUAAUGCGGAUCCUAAGCUGGAUCGCUAUCCUACGCUGGAUACCACCCCUGAUCUUUCCUGGUUCGAAAGUAUCUUGAGUAAAGUCAAUAGUAUUCUGGAAAAGACUGCAGACAGAGGGCAGUCGAAAGGUGGCGAUGAAAACUUGGCUAUCGAGCGCCGAAAUGAUGUACUCAUAACAAUCAUAGAAGCAGCUUUAGAGCUGGGUUCAACUAUACUUGAUUCCCCUAGGAUUGCCAGAAAGUUUGCAGCAGAACAAGAUGUCCAGAACGAAGAUCUCCGUAAUGCGGUUCCCUCAGAUGGAACUGAGACAAACAACUCCUCAGACAAGAACCCCAUUUUCGCAUCGACACUAUGUGAGAAUUGUUCUGGAGCUCUAGCUCCUUGUCAACAAGUCGAAGUCCCGGAAGAGCCCACCCAGGAAUCACGGGAUCGAUCAAUUUGGUUUGAAUAUCAUUCGAAAAAACCACAAGGAUUGUACUAUACUAUCGAUUUGUACGAGCGGGUCCAUAGUUUCCAUCUGGAGAAGUACGGAGUGAAAUCGGGGGAAAAGACAGUAGCUCGUUUACAUGUACCAAUAAAAUCACCACCACCAACACGACGACCGCCGAACUUCGAUGCCUCAAAAGUUCAAAUCAUCAAUGCUAUCAGCGGUUGGGUUCCUGUGUCACUCGCAACAGGAUGUCCAAAUCCAUUUAUCCCGAACGAUACAUGGACUGAAAAAGUCAAGGAAAUGUGUAAAAGUAUAGGUUAUGAGUUACAAAAUAAUCAAAAGGACCAAAGAAAACCAGGUACUUAUAACGCAUGUCACGGUGAGAAGCAAGUCAUAGCCUAUUGGAUCCACAACUAUGUUGCGAAGCUUUAUCCUAGCUUCCGAAUGACGAACUGGGCCAGGGAAUGUGAAUUACCUAUAAGGCCAGAAUAUUACGAGGGUCUUUUUAUCGUCGUUAGCAACUCUCUCUGUGAUUGCUGCGAACGUUUCUUGAAUCACGUAGCGGCGUAUUACUCAAUUUCCUUUACGGUACAUUGUCCAGACAAAGUACUUCAAUUUUCGCACCUAGGACCAGAGUUGCAACGAGAUGACUAG